UCCGUCAUAUCAUCGUCAGUCACUCCACUCUCCAAUCCCGUAGCUUCACUACACACGUAGUCACACGUACACGGUAGCCACAUUAUCAUGGAGAACUACUGCGAAAGCAUCGACUACUAUCAGAAGCCUUGUCAUGCUCCCAACAGCCCAACCAUGGACGACGAACCCAAGGACGACGGCAAGGGCCACAAAGGAAAGGCCGUCGUCGACCACCAUGCCGGCGCCGCUGACCAGCAUGAACAACCGGAAAGCCAGGAGGAGUUCUUCAGCGACUCCGAGUCGGGCUGCGAGUCCAUCGAGGUCGCCGACCUCAAGAAGCGCAUGUGGAAGGACCAGCUGCUUCUCAUGAAGCUCGAGGGCCGGUCGGGCCGUGACCACCGCCGCCACGGCGGCGAGGGGCAGCUCCAGCUCCAGCCCGGCAGUACUGACGACGUCCUGAUCCAGGUCAAGGAUGAGGAGUCGCCCGAGAACCGGUACCGUCGCAAGGCGAUGCUCCGGGCGCAGGACGGCGUCAUCCGCCACAUGCUCAAGAUGAUGGAGGCCUGCAACGCGCGCGGGUUCGUGUACGGCGUCGUGGACGAGACCGGCGUGCCCGUGUCCGGCUCCUCCGACAGCCUCCGCGGCUGGUGGAAGGACGAGGUGGGCUUCGACCGGGCGGGGCCGAUGGCGCUCUCCGCCCUGGACCAGGAGUGCCCCGGCGGGAGCCCGAUGGCGGCGGCGUCGUUCCUGCACGGCCUGCACGACAUCCAGGACAGCACGCUGGGGUCCCUGCUGUCGGCGCUCAUCCAGCACUGCGAGCCCCCGCAGCGGAGCUUCCCGCUGGACCGCGGCCUGGCGCCGCCGUGGUGGCCGACGGGGCGGGAGGCGUGGUGGGGCAUGCAGGGCGAUGCGCCGGCGCACCAGGGCCCGCCGCCGUACCGGAAGCCCCACGACCUGAAGAAGGCGUGGAAGAUCUCGCUGCUGAGCGCGGUGAUCAAGCACCUCACGCCGCGCUUCGACCAGAUGCGCAAGCUCGUGUGGCAGUCCAAGCGGCUGCAGCACAAGAUGAGCGCCAGGGACGCCGACGCCUGGUCCAAGGUCAUCACCCAGGAGGAGGCGCUCGACCGCCGCGCGCAGCGCGCGCUGCAGAUCACGCCGCUCGACGAGGAGGAAGAGGACGACGACGACGGUGGCCCCGACGCCGGCGCCGACGCUAGUGGUGUCGAUUCUCCGCUAGCCGCAGCGCAGCACGUCGAGAAGCGCAAGCGCAAGGUCGGCGGCGAGGGGGGCACGGGUAGUAGUAGCGGCGCCGGCGUCGACGUCGACGUCGGCAAGGAGUUGCUGCUGGCGCUGCCGGACAUAGAUUGCGUGCCCGAUGCUGACCGCAGCUCGAUCGACGAGCUCAUGAAGCUCUAUUACCGCUGCCUGCAGGGGACCGACGACGGCGAGCACAAGGCGAAGGGCGCGGUGGCAGUCCCAGACGGAGGGCAGCAGGCUGCGCCGGUGACGCACGACAGCAUGCUCCAAGGAGGUUUACAGCGCGGCGGGACCGCGCCCGACGGGUCGGCGGCGGUGCAUGACGACGACAUGAUGCUCCAAAGUCUUCUGGGAAUCGCUGACGUCGUGGACAUGAGUGACUUCCCAAACAGCCCGAUUUGGCAGUGGGGGGUUUACGACUGACACUGACUAGAGUGGGGUCGUUUGGCAGCGUUGUUCGGCGCAGAUUAUCCGUGAGAAACACUUAUCAAUCGGCUAAACAGAUUUUGAUGGGGAGAGUAUAUAAGAUUCACUUUUCCAUUUAAGCUGAAGAAGCUUAAAAAAUCUGUUA